AUGGAAAAUGAUAUAUUUGAGAAAAAUAUAAAUGUGCUUGAAAGAAUAUAUUUAAGCAAACAUGUUGUAGUACAUCCUAUAGUAUUACUAUCAGUAGUAGAUCAUUAUAAUCGUAUUGCAAGUAAUACAAAAAAAAGAGUUUUAGGGACUAUCUUAGGAGAAAAAAUUGAUGGUGUUGUGCAUAUAACAAAUAGCUAUGCAUUACCAUUUGAUGAAGAUAUUAAAGAUAUAAAUAUAUUUUUUAUAGAUGAUAAUUAUAAUGAAAAUCUAUUUAAUAUGAUAAGAAAAAUUAAUACACGUGAAAAAAUUGUUGGAUGGUAUACUACUGGAUCUAAUAUAAAACCCAAUGAUAUAUUUAUUAAUGAAAUAUUUUAUAAAUAUCAUCAUGCCCCUAUAUUUUUACUUGUCAACGUACAUACAAAUCAAAGUAUUUUCCCAGUAAAUGCAUAUGUAGCUAUAGAAAAGGCUAUAUCCAAUAAUAAAUUUAGAAAGACAUUUAUUCAUAUCCCAGUUAGAAUAGGCGCAUUUGAAGCAGAAGAUGUUGGUGUUGAAUUUUUGCUAAAGGAAUUAAAAAGUGUAUCAACCUCAACACUAGCAACAAAAGUUGGCGACAAAUUAUCGUCACUAAAAACAUUAAUAUCUAAAUUAUAUGAAAUUUCUGAAUAUUUAAAUGAUAUAUUACAAGGAAAUAUAGAAAUGAAUAUAAAAAUAUUAUACAAUUUACAAAAUGUUUUUAGCUUGUUACCUGAUACUGAAAACCCAGAACUUGUUGAAGCCUUUAUGGUUAAAAAUAAUGAUAUUAUGUUAAACAUAUUUAUAGGUAGUAUUACACGAUCUGUUAUAGCUCUUCACAAUCUUAUUAAUAAUAAAAUAGAAAAUAAAAUAAAUACAGAAAAAAAACAACUUCUCGAAGAUCAAAAUAUUAAAGAAAAAGAAAAAGCCAAAGAAAAAUAA